AGCAUAGAGAGAACGCACUUCAAUGUCCGCAUAAACUCGCGGUCUCGCAGGCGCGAGAGAGAGAGAGAGAGAGAGAGAGAGAGAGAGAGAGAGAGAGAGAGAGAGAGAGAGAGAGACGGGCCGGGCGAAUGAACCGCGAGGUGUCCUCCCUCUCACUCUAUUAGUCACGUAAACCCACUCGCGUCCGCGACAACGAACACAGACAGACACACGUACACAAUCAGGGGGCCGAGAAAAAUUCUCGCCGCCCCACAGCGCAGCAGUCACUCUCCUCGGACUCUCGUGUGCGAGCCGCGCCGUUUUUCAGCUCCAUCGUCUCGACAUUUUUAAUACUAAUCUCUCUCGCGAUAUACCUACGAGAAGCCAUAGCAAAAAGACAGCAGAGAAGCUGUAGCGUGAAAGAUGCUAUUCUCGUCGUAGUGUAUCAUCUGUGGCCCCGGCGCGAGACGUGUGCGAGCACAACAAUAACAACGCCGCUGCGCGUCGCUUUUCACCCUGAGUCGCAUUGUUCAACAGCAGGUGUGCUGUGCAACAUGAAGUGGUCUCCGGGAAUUCUGUUCUGUGAGCAGGUGAGCGAACUGACAAGAGUCUUUUCUCAAUGGAACGAAUGCGAGCAGACAGUUGUACUGUAUGCUCUACUUAGACGAGUUCCAGCAGUUCAGGCUCGAUUUCUUGCACAAGCUGUCCAGCACUCACUGCACUCAGUUUCAGAGCUGGACUCGCAGGAGCUAAACGCUAACAAUCCAGCUUUCAUCAAUUCAUUGUUGUCGGAGACAACUGAAGUUGCCAUUAACCAGCUGCUUACUCAUCUUCCGCUUCUUAGACCAGGAAAUGUUGAAUGCAAACAGUGCUACUUGCUGGUCAUACCUGAACUUAUCAGUCAUUGCCUGACCACACGUCAGUAUACAGAGCAAACGCAGCAGCUUCUCAGCUAUACUCUCAUUCAUCCCGCCAUUACUAGUCAGGACAGACGUACGCUAACCCAAUGGCUUAGACAGGUCGAAGAUAGAAUUAGCAAUCCACCAUCGAUACCCAAUGUUGAGGAUUACUCUAAUAAUACACCUUUAAGGUGGGACACGACAUGGCAAAAGAAUGUUAAGCAAAAUGACCAAAUAAGCCAAGCUUAUGGUACAACAGGAGCACCUUUCAAUUUCCAAUUUCAACUCCCGUGCACUCGUCAGCGUCGAUCAAACAGCCUGACUCCUCCCGUGGCUUCGUCGCACCAACCUGAGGUGAUCGAACGCAGUGGAAACACCAAUAUUUCAAUGAGGCACAAGGCUCGAAGCUUCAGCGUUUCCGGAGAUCAUUCCACUGCUCUCAUUGGUUUGGGUCCACUGAGCCCUCAGAGCUCUUGUGCAAGCAGCGGCAGCGAGGGUCGCUUGGACGAAGCGUCGGCUCGACCUCUGACCACUGGAAUGCGAGACGUGCCGUCAUGGCUUAAAACGCUACGUCUCCACAAGUACAGCUAUCUAUUUACUACGCUGACCUACGAGGAGAUGCUCGAGCUGACCGAAGAUCGUCUAGCUGAACAGGGAGUGACCAAGGGCGCGCGACACAAGCUUGCACUGUCGAUCGCCAAGUUGCAACAGCGCUAUCAGACACUGCUCAAUCUCGAAAAAGAUCUGGUGCAGCCACAGCGGGAGACCAAUCAAUCGGCCUCGUUUGCCCAGAAGCCACUGCUGGUCGGAGCUCUGGACGAGCUCAAGGCUAUUUUGGCCACACCGCUAAAGCCCAGCCAGGAGAACGACGCACAAGACAUACCGACGCAGUUCACCAAAGUUCUUGGCAAACUGUGCAGCCGCCUGGCUUUGGAAAACAUAGAUGAUGCAGUUUUGUGCUCGUGCAUUAGCAUUCUCGAGAAGGUAUUGCAGCACGAUUGCUUUACUCCAAGUCAGAAGGAGAAAGUUCAACAGUGGCGUAGCCGUCUGGGAAAUCCUAGACCCACUCCUAAAUGGCAGCAUAAUCACGCGUUCUUUAACCGCCGAUACUGCAACUCGCAGACACAUAACCGAAAACCCAGCUUGAAUUUGGGACACAUGGGAAGUGCCAAGUCCUCGACCACCUUUAUGGUGACACCCCACAGGAACAGCAUAUCGACGCCGUAUCUGCAGUCGAGCUCCAGCCAGUCACCUAACCAGACCAAUCUCCAACCAGUUCAGGCUCCUGAGAAGCGGCCCAGUUUACAAGAGACAAGUCUAGAGCAGCUGCAGAGAACUCUGCAACGCACUUAUAGCGCACCCAGAGACAACUUCCUCGGGCACUCGAGCAGCGCAAUUGAGACGACGGAGCCGGAGAUAAAUUCUCGUUUGGAGUCGCUGUGCUUGCGCAUGACUGAACAAGCCAUCGGCGGCUUUGGCGAGGCCUAAAAAUUUAAUUUUGCUCAAUGAUUACAAUAAUUAAUGGCACCGCAUUCGUCUUGUCGACGGAACCCAAAACUUUUAAAGCAGCAGCAGGUUAGCGCUAUUUUUAUAAUUUUUCGACGACAGAAUAAACAAUCUGAGGAGAGAGAGCUAAAAAAGAUAAAUGACGGAGCAAACAACGCAUCAUAUGUAUUCUCAUAUAAACUCAACUGUCCGGAAUUAGAGACAAAAAAUGUGUAAUAUAAUAGAUUGUGUGCGUUAGAGGAUAAUUAAUAAUUUUUAAGAAAAAUACAAGAAAGGACAGUGGUUCAAAGUUGGAAAAAAAAAGAAAAAAAGAAUGAUUCUGACGCAGGACUAUAAGCUAUGAGCGCAAAGAUCCGAUGCCGAACAAUCGAAAACACGCCUCUUAUUUUAAUACUUUUUUAGUCACUCAUGGAGAUCGCUUGAUUUAUUCACGCUUAUGCGUCGCUCUUAUUUAUUUUGUCCAUGUGCAUAAGCCCUCAAGCAUCUAAUUAGCACACGUACUAUCGAGGUUUUCGAUUGGUUGGUGCGUCCCGGUCGAAGAGACAAAAAAAAUGAAUCAUAUUCUCAUAAUUUAUAAAGUUUAACUUUGAUUUAAGUAAAGAUUAUAGGCUAUAACACGUCUACAAUUAAAAAUAUAAGCUACAAGCCCUUUGAACAAGAUAAAUCUUACAGAGGGGGACUACGAGAGUAAAUUUUCUCAUGGAUCAACGAUCGGAAACUUUUUAACGUAAAAACGUGCAAAAGCAAACAAUAUGAGGCAGAACAUGAUAAAGUUUACUCUUGCUUUUUCGCUAAGGUUAUAGUGCUUAUGUCUUUAAUAAAGGACUUUAUCUAUCGCUAGGACUCUCGGGCGAUUGUUGUCACAGACGAAUAUCGUACGUCUCAAGCAGCCGAGCAAUACAAAAGAUUAGACAUAGAGUAACUUUGGAUCUCAGCUGAGAAGGUAUUCAAUCAUAGAAUGAAGACGACAACGAUCCCCUGAGUCCUGAGUGCUAAUAAUCGUUUAACGCUAUUUAUAUUGAACUGACAGAAUUUGGCAAGCCAAAUGCUACUAGGAAGAUAGAUUCUUUCCUUUAGUAUUUACUUAAUCAGUAAUAUUCAUAAAAUAUAUUAUAUACACGAAUAUAUUAUAUAUACACAUAUUAUUAGAAGACUUUUUAAGAAUCGCAUCAGGCGAGGAGAGAUUGUGAUUGAGAGAGACUGUACGCGUGAGGAUUCAUUUGGUGUGUAUGUGUUCUAAAAGAAAGAAAAGAAGGGCAAACCAUGCGAUAUACUUGCAAUAUUGUUUUUGUGUUAUCCAUUUCAGGAAAUGGAAUUUUUCUGAUUUUACGCUCUCAAGCAUCAUACUCUAAUAUUAUGUAAUUUCGUUUAUUAUUAUUUUUCCCUUUUUUGUAAACGAAUGGACUGAAUUGAUUACUUUUUUUUUUAAUAACUUCGCAAUUGUAAACACACGAUUAUAUACUUGCAUUGCUCUAUCUGUCGAGAUUCUCUCAAAGGUCGACGAUAUGUACCCUUUUGUCAUUUCCGAUGUAAAAGAGUUCGUGACCUCGUUUGUGCGCCUAGCUUAGUUCGAUUGACCGAAAAUACGAUAAAGACGAAAAUCGAUAAUGCAUAUUUAGAGUGUGUAUUCGCUUUGGUCAAUUGUUUUGCUUCUUGUUCAUUUUCGUCUGCACAUACGUAUUUGCGUACUUGAUGUACAUCGUGCUGCGGAUAGCUUGGGGAAAGGAACUAGUGCAAUGUUUUGGGUACUGUUUUGUGUGAAACGCCAAUCGAUCGGUAUGGAUUCUUGAAUGAUUCACGAGGAACUUUCGCCCAAGGCGACAAGUACUUCUAGUAACAAUUAAACGAGGGUUGAAUAGCCUCGAUAUCUAUCGUCGUACCUACGAUCUACUUAAAGAAAUUAGCUAAAUGAAUUAAACAAUUCUGAAACCGUGCAGCGAAAGAUCAUCAUAUAGGCGUGUGAAAACGGACGAUAGCCAUCGAAGCGGAACUUGAAUCAAAGAACCGUCAAUUUUCACAGUCUCAAUAUACGAAAUAGUAUGCAAAAGUUUAAAAAGAAAAAAGUGAAAAACGAAUAGAAAGAAGAUUAUGCCUGCGUUGCACGCAGCGAAUAAUUGUAUAACGAUAAAAGAGAAAGAAAGACUAGCGUGUAUAUCUAUUAUGUCUUCCCCGAGUUCAUCGCGUCGCGAUCGGAUCGAGCUAAGCGCGCGAGCGCAGGUCUGUGAUUCAUAUAUAUUUACGUGCUGAUGAAAUACAUCACCAGCGGCACACGGCGCGCGCGUUGCGUGUUUAUUCUCGUAAUUGUAUAUUUUUCAUUGGAGCUCCGUCGCUGGAUUAUAUUAUAUAUAGAAAACGUAAGUUGUAAACGUCUGAAAGAAAAAGUAAGGAAAAAAAAGAACGUCAUGAUCAAUCGCAUUGUACAUGUAUGCUUUGUAGUUUCUGCACAGAUUUCGCGACUUACCAUUAUUUAAUGCCGAUUUAUUAUUUAAUACCAAAUCAUUGCCGAUUUUUUAAUCCAUGUUCACGCCAUAUCAGCAUCACAUCUUUCGCACGAAUCUCCAGACGAUUCGCGAAUCGGCGAAUCGAAAUAUUAAAUUGUACAUAUGUUUUUCUUAACUGUUGCCGAGUAUUACGAACUUAUGAACGUACAUUUUAUUAACUUAAAUCUAUUGUAAAGUGAUCGGAGAAUAUCACAUCUUCAAGUUACGAAAGCAAAUUUUUAAAGUGUCUUCAGAUGAUCUCGUAAUUUUAUAUAGCGUUGUUGAAUGUUUUUGUUUUAAACAAACGUCCAGAUUGAAUCGUCUAAGAUGCUUGAAUAAAUGAUGUAACGAAAAGCAAUGCGGGAUGAUGUGUUCGCUUUUUGAGAAAACCUGCAUUUUUUUAUUGGUCGAAGAAGACAUCGAAAUCUGUGUCUUAGGAUUAUAUAAAAGCAUACAUUUCUCUGGUGGACUUUUUCUCACGAGCUAUAGCGCUUUAAACGGAGAAUUAGGGAAAGAAACACGUGGAAAAGUAAAUUGAAAAAAAUGACAAGAGGAGUUGAAAAAAAGUCAAAAGCGCCUUUCGAACUGUUAAGAACCCUACUAACUGUAAGACUAAAAUUAAUUACUUUUAAUUAACGUAUAAAUAAUGAAAGACUGACAAUUUCACGCGUUCCAACGAGAGAACCCAAGCAAACAAAAAUAAAGUUAACAGGCGAACGUAGGAGGCGACGGUUCGCGAAAAUUACGUUUCCACCCGCAAUCGCGCAUCCGUCGCCGGCCACUUUUGUUAAGGUGCGUUCUGCGUGCGCGUGAAUGCAACAAUUGGAAGACUGCAGAAAAAAAGGAAAAAAAGAGAAAGGAGAAAAUUAAAUAGCGGAAAGAAAUCGAGAGAGAGAGAGAGAGAGAGAGAGAGAGAGAGAGAGAGAGAGAGAGAGAGAGAGAGAGAGCGAGAGAGAGAGAGAGAGAGAGAGAUAGCAAGAGCAAAAGAGACAGAAGGGUAAAGAGAAAAAGAGCGAGAGAUGUAAAGGGGAGUAAGAGCGUGCUUUCGAGCACGCUCGAUGAAAAAAAAAUAAUAAUGAACUUUAUAGAAAAGCGAUGUAUCGAAUAUAGCGCAAGUACUUUGUAGUACGAUAAGGUUUUACGCGUAAAAUAAACAAGAUUGUAACGAUUAUAUGCAUAGCGCUAAAGAAAAAAACACAUUGUAUUAGGUGAUUAAUUGAUGUAAGAAGACUACAUGAGAAAAUGCGUGGCAAAGGCCGAUUAUGUAAGAAAGCAAAAGAUGACCCUUCGAUGACUGGCUUCGAGCAGUGUUCGCCUCAUCGAUAGGUUUAUUAAUGUACACACAUAUAGACACACGACACACUUUACACCCAGUAAACAAUCAUACGGUUUAAUUGAUCGCCUAGGCUCGCUCGUGGUUAUGUCUGAAUUUUCUUGAUUUUCUGUGAAAAUUGUUAAAAACCCGAAGAACUAAAUUGUACUUUGAGUACUUUAUAUUUUUGAAGAUAAUAUUUUCAUACGAAUCAUGUUUCUAUUAGAUUGCAAAGAAAAAUAUUGAAGAACUAUUUACAAAAUAUAUAUUUUAUACAUCUGACUUGACUUUGCACAAUGAAUACGUUCUCUCUCAUUGGUACUUUUAUACGAAAAGUAGAGAAAACACGUGUCGAGUCUCGGCGUGUCGGGCAAUAUUUCAAUGAGCACUGUCUAACAUUGUGAACUCCAGGGAGGAUAAUUUUAUCAAAAGCUAGUCAAUCGAUACAUUUUUGUAAUAUGUCACGUAAAUAGGUAGUCGUUUAUGAUAUAUAAUUAUACGUUGCAUUACACUUUUAUUGUAUGUCUAAUUAACUUAGGUCCAUAAAACCAUACAGUUCGCACGAGCACGAAUAAUGAUUUUACGGUUUCGAUUUCUAUGAUUGUUUCUUUUUUCUGAGAACAAGAUCGAGAGGCAGUCGACUCUGUUGUUUUGAAAGAUUGAUUUUUCUGCGUGUAAUGAACCUUUCCAAUCGAAAGCUGACUUAUGUACUGCGCUAUUUAUGUUGCUCGACUGAUUUUCAAUAACAACUCUUUAUUUUGUUUUCUUUCCUUGUUUGUUCGAGAAUUCAAAGACUUUGACAAGUAACGGCAUUUGUAUAUGUUGUAGGAUUGCUGAACGUCGCCAAAACGUAGCUUUUAGUUUGUUCAUGCCUGGUUUCGUGCAAACGCUAUACUUAAACGCAGUUCUCUCGGGAGCAAUUGGCGAUGUUCAUCAUUUAUAGUCGAAUAUGUUAAAAUUAUGGAAAGGACUGAUUUUCUCGCGAGAAAAAAUUUGAAAGUGAAUUGUAAAUAUUUGAAAAUGACAUUUCGUGGGUAUUUGGCCACAAGUGAGAAAAGUAACGGGACAGGCUGAACUUUUUAUGUGCAAAAAACAACCGGUGGUGUAAUUUUUGACUGCUACGAAGUAUAUAUUUUUUAAGACUUGCGCGCCUUUUUCCAAAAUUAUGCAAUUGCCAGUGAAUCGAAAUUUUUGUAACGAAAAAAGGCACGAUGUAAGCAUGUAAUUUUAGAUUAUUAUUAUUCGAUUACUCUUAAGCUAUACUUUUAUAUUUGUUUAAUUAUAUGUGUAUUGGCAAAAGAAAGCGAGCUUUCUCAGCACGUGCGGAAAAAAAUAAGAGGCAUCAAUCUUUCGAAACGAUGUAACAUUUGCCAGCUCGAAUUUCUUUCGAGAAACAUAAUACGAUUGUGCAUAUAAUGAACCCAAUGAUCAAAUCCACUUUGUCCAAGGCGGGGCCUAAACGAGCAAAGCGAAUAAACUAAAAAAACGAUUGAAGAAAAAAAAAUUAAAUGAAUUUUUAUUCACGAGCCUCCUUGAUGGAGGUUUCCGGUUAUCGCCACCACUUCAUACCUUCAUUUCCUCGGCGAGACUUUAAGCACGGUUUUGUACUUCAUACAUGAGGUGGACUCGGGAGCGAAAGUUGUAACCAACUCGACGUAGAUCAUCUGUACUAUCCAUAAACGCAAUAUUAAAAAUAAUUUUUUUUGUAAAUCAUCGGUUGCAAGCAUACGCACCGAGUCCUCUCAUAUAGUCGUUCGCCGAAGAAGUGCCGCAGUAAAAAUAAAAUUGUGUUCACGUAAACUUUUCGUUUUUUCCCACUUUUUCUCUUUUUUGUCGUACAAAGUCACAACAACAACAACAACACAAAACCAAACAACCAAAAAGCAAAGCUCACACCAACACAUUCUACUUAUGUGCAUUUUGCCAUUGCGUAGCAUAAAGAAGAAAGACUCGCGAUUUCCCAGUGUUGUCUGCGUAGAGGGUUGUUUUUCGUGUUUUCUUUGUAAUGUAAUAUUAGCGCGCGCGAGCGCUAACGCUUAGCGACGAUCGUUUUUAUCUGAGUAUACGUACUUAUAAUUAUUAUGUAGCUUGGCAGCUCGAGGAGGAAAAUACGAGAAAAGAAAAAGAUAUGCAAGCUGAGAGAAACACUUUGAUAAACUCGGAUUUAAGGAGUACACGCAUACGAUGUUGUCGGGGAUAUUCCUUAUGGCCGUCAUCUCUCGUGCAGUUUAGUAGACGAGAAAAAGCGACUGACCGACGAGGUCGUGCAUCUGUCUUCUUUUUCUUAUUGCCACGACUGUAGUGUUCUAGCAAUUUGUCUGCUAUAUUUCUAAUGAAAUGAGAAAACUGCGGCGCAGGAAUGAAAAAGAAAGCAUCACAAUAAUACGUGAACAUGCACUUGUUAAGAGGAGAUAAAAAACGAUGCAGAUGCACCACCUCGAAAACGCGCGAUAUUGUUGUUUCAUCGAAACUUUUUCGAACACUGUGUAAAAUAAAGAAAAUAAUACAAACCUCGUUUUUGCGCCACACACAAACACACAGACAGAAUAUAUCCUAAUAUAUUUUCGUGAAUUUACGUCUUUACCGAUAUGUAACCACGAGCUUGAAAAUUUUUCUAAAAAA